UAGAGAAACCACUUCGCAACGAUGAGGGAGAUAGGUCACUCCUCAAAAUUACCAAACACAAAUUAGCUCCAAUAAUUGCAACAAAUCACUCUCACCCAAACAAAACUUUUCAAAAGCCCUAAUCCGAGAAAUCAUUCGACAACAACACGAAGGAGAUGGAUCUAGAAGAUUGGGAAAUACUCCCCAAAAUCAACUACAAGGGUCUCGAACUUGAUCUCGGUCAUGAAGAGGAUCAUGAAGUUACGAAGAUGAUGAGAAACACCGCAAAAAGCUUCGACAGUGAUUACUUCAUCUGCCCAAUUCAAGAUUCUGUCGGAAAGACAGAGUUUCUUCAUCAGAGAUCUAGCGUGGUCCCCACACAACUCCUCCAGAUUCCAAUAACUUGGGAACCUUUGUCCCCCGUGGACGACAAAGAUCACAAUAAGUACCUGGAUCCGGAUUUCUCGGAACCAGACCCGGAACUUUUGACGGAGUCUUUUCCGUCGCCGAGAAUAACCUUCAAGAAAUCGAAGGAAACCGAAUUUGCCGACAUGAAAAUAGAUUCACCAGCAGCGAGGUUCACUAGUCCUCUGCCGCAGAACGAUGAGAGACACUCUGACUCAGAAGGAGGGUUAGGAGGAGAGUCUUAUGAUGAGAUCAUGGGAUCAGAGGUUGAAGAAAGCAGUGACUUGAGUAGCAAGAAAGAGGUUGAUUGGGAUGAAGGUGAAAGAACGAAUCUGUGGAAGAAGGGUCUUAAUGGAAUUGGAGCUAUAUGUUCAUUUGGUGUUGCAGCUGCUGCAGCCACCAUAUGUGUCUUCUUCCUUGGACACAACAGUAGCAUCCAAGGUGGUCGGAACAAGAACCAGAUCCUCAGGUUCCAGAUUUACUCUGAUGAUAAUAAGGUAAAAAAUUUAAAAUAUGAUUCUUGUUAGAAGUCACUUAGUUAAGGAAAAUUAAUUUUUAUGAUACGAAAUACACUAAUUUUGAUAACUGAUAUAUCUGAUUAGUUCUACUAGUUUAGUUAGAUGGGUGUGUAAUCUCACAUUUGACUUAUGCCGUCUUAAUCAGAUAGCAUUAAUUUUAAAAUUGGUUCCCUUUUUUUUUUUUAUCAAGCAAAUUGGCUCCUAAUGCACGAAAACAUGUCACUCAUUUGAGAUUUUGAUCUAACAGGGUAAAUCAAGACAAAUUAGCUAUUAAGUUUGGUUUGCUUCCCUAAUUGUUGUUAAAGUUAGAUCUCAACUUAUACAUAUUCCUGUUUGAUUGAUUGAAUAGUAAAGUUGUUUGUGUCUUUGAUACAACGAAAGUGAUAAGGAUGCGUUUGGCGGUGUGGCCUAUUACGUGUCUUAGUGAACAAUCAAUAAUUGUAGAGAAGAUUCUUAUUUUGUCUUUGUACGUUUUGUGUUUAUCUUUUCUUGCGUCACCCUCACACUUUGAACCAAAACACGUUUAUAUAAUAACGUCAUUGUUCCUUGCAUAUCAAUAAUAGCUAGAGCCGCCUAGAGAUGUUUGGGACCGAGUUAGCCAUUAUUGAUAUAUAGAUUUAUGAUUCAAAGUCGUUGAUGUGUGAUUGGUUUUAAACUCGUUAUUGCAGCGGAUGAACGAGGUAGUGAAACAUGCAACAAAGCUAAAUGAAGCAAUCUCUGUGAUGAAAGGUCUUCCGGUGGCAAGAGCUCAAAUAUCUUUUGGAGGAUACUACGAUGCACUUUGAAUCAUAGCCAUAUAGCCAUAGAUCCAAUGUCUUCUGCUUAAUCGCCUCUAUAGCUUAUGUAUUUACGAAUUUAGGAAAUUCAAUAUAAAUAAUGGUUGUGAAAUUUUACAUUCUUUGUCCGAAUGCAUACUACAUACUGGCUAAGCCGACGCCUACAUAGGACCAGGGCGGACUCAAAAUAUCAUGUACUCUGAGCUGGGAAACAUAUAUAGGCCUUAUUUUCUAUGUUUUUC